AUGAAGAUCUUCAUACUCUCCCUCUUACUUCUAAGCAUCACCACGGUAAUCAAUUGUGGAAUAACAAGCAAAUAUGUCCGCCAAGCUCAACCAGCAAACGAGAUGUCUUUCGGGACAUUCCCUUCUCCUCCCGGUCACAAUGCUCCAGAACAGGUUCAUAUAACGCAAGGAGAUCGCGAUGGACGUGGCAUGAUUAUCUCGUGGGUGACACCGUUAAACCUAGCUGGUUCUGAUGUGGUUACUUACUGGAUCGCCAGUAAUGACAAUGACGUUAAGAAGUUAAAAAAGAAAGCCUCCACGUCGUCUUACAAAUUCUAUGACUAUGCUUCUGGAUUUCUUCAUCACGCCACCAUUAAACAUCUCGAGUAUGAUACUAAGUACAUCUAUGAGGUUGGUACUGAUAAAUCAGUUAGACAAUUCUCCUUCACAACACCUCCAAAGGUUGGACCUGAUGUUCCAUACACAUUCGGGAUUAUUGGUGAUCUUGGACAAACCUAUGCUUCUAACGAAACAUUGUACCAUUACAUGUCGAACCCUAAAGGCCAAACUCUUCUCUUCCCCGGAGACUUGGCUUACCAAGACCAUUUUCCAAACCAUGACCAGAGAAAAUGGGAUACUUAUGGAAGAUUCAUGGAGCCUUGCGCUGCUUACCAGCCCAUUAUCUAUGCCGUCGGGAAUCACGAGAUUGAUUUUGUUCCAAACAUUGGUGAGCGCCACCCAUUUAGGCCUUAUAUUCGCCGUUACCAUAACGCCUUCAAAACCUCAGGGAGCAUAUCUCCUCUUUGGUACUCAGUUAGACGCGGCCCUGCUCACAUCAUUGUCCUCUCCUCUUACUCCGGAUACGGCAAAUACACACCGCAAUACGUGUGGCUCGAGCAAGAGCUGAAGAACGUGAACAGAGAGGAGACUCCAUGGUUGAUUGUUAUGGUUCACUCGCCUUGGUACAAUAGUGUCAACUACCAUUACAUGGAAGGUGAGAGUAUGAGGGUAAUGUUUGAGUCGUGGUUUGUUAACAGCAAGGUUGAUUUGGUUUUGGCUGGUCACGUUCAUGCUUAUGAGAGAUCCGAACGUGUCUCCAAUAUUAAGUAUAAUAUUACCAAUGGCUUGAGCACUCCUGUGAAAGAUCCUAAUGCUCCAAUUUACAUCACAAUCGGAGAUGGAGGAAACAUUGAAGGAAUCGCAAAUAGUUUCACUGAUCCGCAACCAAGUUACUCGGCGUUUAGGGAAUCUAGUUUUGGUCAUGCUCUUCUUGAGAUCAAGAACAAGACUCAUGCACAAUACACAUGGCAUAGGAACCAAGACAAUGAGCCCAUCGCAGCUGAUUCUAUUAUGAUGUAUAAUAGAUACUUCUUCCCAAAGGAGGAGAUAGAUUCGGCCUGUUUUAUUUGCUGA